AUGGAGUUCAUGCUGCAAGGCUUCAGCAUCAUACGUCACGACUAUGGGAGGGGCAUCCUCAUCGCUGUCCGCGACCGGCCCGGCUUGACAUGGAAAACACUGGACUGCACCGACUUCGAACCAGGGGACUACCUGAUCCAAGGGGUGUCUGUUGGAGACGACCGACUGCGGGACGCCGUCAGCGUGUACAACGUGUACGCAUCACACUGCUCCGCCGUGGAUGACUGGCGGUUUCUGGAGCAGAUCGAGAACCUGCCAGGCCCCUCGCUGGUGCUCGGUGACUUCAAUGCGCGGUCUCCAGCCUGGUGCGCCAGCGGUCUACACAACUCUAACGGCAAGGCACUGGAAGAACUGCUCUCAGACUCCGGUCUGCAGCUGCUGACCUCCCCCACCCCGACGCGUCUAGCUGAUCGUCCGGGUGAUUCAGACACCACGAUCGACCUCGCCUUCUCCGCGGGGGAUGUGCCUGGCGACGUCUUCUGGGCCCCAACCUACCACGGUGCCAGCGACCACCUACUGGAGACUGCUCGCUCAGCCAGAAACAAGGCCGACGCCGUAUGGAAGCGGAUCACCCUCUCGUCCAAGCGCAGGUGUUGGGACGUCUUCUUGCAGGAGAGCUACAGAGACUCGGGCCAGUUCUGGCGUUUCAUCGGUUCCAUGGGCGACUCAAAACCGCAGACCUCCAGCAUGCAGAUGGUGGCGGGCUCCCGCAUCCUGCGUACCGACGAGGAGAAGGGAUCCGCCUUUCUGCAGCGUUUUGUUGACCAGUGCUCCCGCGGCGACAUGUCCAGGAGAGACGAAGCAAUCCGAGACCUUUCGUCCAGACUACCGCAACUCGCUCCAUCUGAACUCUUCGGCAUGGACGACCUCACUCGGGCGAUCGAGCGCAUAGGACAAGUAUCCCCAGGACCCGACAGGAUUCCAGCCUCUGCUCUCAAGAACCUCUCUGCUCAGUCGAAAAGUCGGCUCCUCUCAGAGAUCAACGAGUCCCUGGUCUCCGGCAUCGUGCCCACCGAGUGGUGCGACAGCGUCCUCGUCCCAGUUCCCAAGCCAGGGAAGGAUCACCACCGCCUCGAGGGCCACCGGAUAAUAGCAGUACAAAAUCUGCUUGGGAAGGUGGCUGAAUCCAUGGUAUGCGAGAGGCUGGCGUCACAUCUGGAGCCUCGGAUGCCUCCCGGCAUGGGCGCAUACCGCAAGGGACGGUCCACGUGGACAAACGCAGGGGUGGUAACGCACGUCAUCUCCGAGGCCUUCGAACGUCGAGAGCAAGCCGUCCUGGUCGCCCUCGAUCUUCAGGACGCUUACAACAUGGUGUCUCUCCCCAAGCUGGCCCACCGUCUCCUCGUCCUCGACACGGACGUGCGGCUGACCAGAUGGAUCAUGGCAGCGCUGCGAUCCCGGAGAUGCUCCAUGAAGUGUGGCAGGUGGAUGUCCGACUGGACGGACGUUCCCACCGCACUGCCCCAGGGGUCACCCCUCUCGCCCAUCUGCUUCAACGCCUACUUGCAGCCCAUCGCCUCCAUCAUCACGCCUGACAACGCAAUCCUUUUGUGCUACGCAGAUGACAUCACCAUCGUCGCGUGGCACAGGGACAUCUCCUCAGCAAUCGGCACCGCUCAGGAGGUGGUCAACAAUGUGAAGGCCGCAUGCGACCAUCUCGACAUGGUCAUCAACCCUCAGAAGGCAUCCGUCACUGUCUUUGGAAAGCGCCGCCCCACCCAACCGUUGGAAGCGGUGGUCUACGGGGGUGAACCCAUCUCCUACUCUGAUCAAGUAAAGCUGCUGGGCGUGACGCUGGACCCGGCUCUCACCUUUAACGCCCACGCCGACUCAGUGCGCAGCAGAUGCGUUCGCGCUCUGUCAACGCUGAAAGCGGCCUACAGCAGGGGAGUUGACUUGAGACGGAUCAGUCAUCUCUAUCGCUCGCUUGUCCUCUCUCGAAUCACCUACGGACUCGAGAUCAUCAAUCCGCUGAAGACAACGAUGGACAAGCUCGAGCGGAUCCAGAACAGCGCUCUCCGACUCGCCACCGGGUGCCCCAGACAGACGCCGGUCACUGCGCUGAGGUACAUGUUUGACCUGCCCUCCAUCGUCGACCUACACGAAGUCCUACGAGCCAGAGCGGUGUGCAUCGUCGCCUCCGACUGCGGCCAUCCCUUGCACGACUUCGUCGACCAAGCCCUGGCACGCGCUCCACUGGCACGUCUGCAGCGCACGGGCUGGCUGCGCGAUGGGACCAAAGCUCUGCGCGGUCUCUGCGGUCGGCACAAGAUCCGCAGAUCUCACCUGUGGUCUGCGACGCCUCCCGCCACCAGAUGCCGAUGGACCUUCAAGAUCGACCUCUUCAGCCGCACCGACCGUGAGCUACCACCACACGUAGUGAACGCCAUGUUUGAGGAGGUCCUGGCCGACACCAGCAGUGAGCUCCCACAGCCCCUCGUCGUCCUGGCCACUGACGGUUCUGUCACCACAAGCACCCCAAGAUCGGGAUGGGGGUGUGUGAUGAGGGAGUCAGACGGCAGCCUGCAGACCCACCGUGGAGGCUGUAACCUUCGCCUCUCUAGCAUGAGGGCUGAGCUGGAGGCCAUCUUCCGCGGUCUGGAUCUUGCCAGAAGCGCCCACCCUGAUCUAGCCGCGUGCAUCAUCUGCACCGACUCUCAGUCUCUCCUGCGCAAACUAGAGAGCGGAUCGGCUCCUCCGGAGUGGCACGACCUCCCUCAACAAGUCGUCUGGGUAUACUGCCCAGGGCACGCCGGAGUCCAACUGAACGACAGAGCCGAUCACCUGGCUGGCAGCGGUUCUGCUUCCGACUACCUGGAGCUCGGGACGCAGGACAUCCAACUCAUCAUACGGGAUCGACAGCUGAGCAGCCGCGACGACGGGUCGUGGGAGGAGAGGAGGAUGAGCGAGAGAGGCCUGCAGCGGGGUUGGGCGGCGAAAUCCACCUCCCGUGGCCGCGCUGCCCACACGAUGUGCCAGCUGGCCACUGGUACUCUCUCCCGAGCGGCGCUGACCAGGGUGUUCCAGCUAGGAGGAGCAGAGGCUGCUUGGGGCCAACUAUUGGGCCUCCGCCGGCUAACGACGCUGCCGCUCGACCAGUAA